GGCAGCUGAGUCACACAUACAUGUAGAUCCUGAUAAAUACAUACUGUGCGAAAAAGAGCGGCUACAACCGAAAAACUGCCGUCAGUGCAUUCAUUUCUGACUACAGCUGCAUCUGACACCGUGUGGAAAGAUGCUGACGAUAACACUGAAGACCCUCCAACAGCAGACAUUCAAAAUAGAUAUAGACCCAGAAUUGACGGUGAAAGUCUUAAAGGAGAAAAUAGAGGAGGACAGAGGAAAAGAUGCAUUUCCUGCUGCAGGGCAAAAACUCAUCUAUGCAGGCAAAAUCCUGAAUGAUGACACCUCUCUGAAAGAGUACAAAAUUGAUGAGAAAAACUUUGUGGUGGUCAUGGUUACAAAGCCUAAACCAGCCCCUCCGCCACAAGCAACCCCUAAGGUGACUCCCUUACCAGCUGCAGAUCCAGCUCCAGCUCUAGCCCCAGCACCACCCUCAUCCUCAGCUCCAGCACCAGCCUCUGCCCCAACACAAGUACCCUCCACACCGUCAUAUACAGUGCCUGCACCCACACCCACUCCUCAGUCAGUGCCUCCCUCUGAAGCUCUGCCCCCAGCCCCAGAAAACUCCACCCUGUCAACCUCAUCUGAAGAAACCACAGCUCUGGAGCCAAACCCAGCCCCGAGCGCAGCUCCAGCAUCGGCCUCAGCUGCUGCCACAGCCGCUGCCUCCACUGUAGCCCCUGCCCCAGCUCCAGCUCCAGCACUAGCACUGGCACCGGCCCCUGAAGCUGGUCAGACGGCGCUGGCAGACUGCUCUGCCCCUGCUUCCCAGCCAGAGGAGAAGCCAAGGGAAGAGCCUGAGAAUCAACCAUCUGCCACUGCACCAGUCCACUCCUCUGAUGCCAGCCUCGUUGAUGAACUGGGCCUCCUUGAGGAAGCAGCAUCAAUACUAGUGACAGGUCAGGCCUAUGAGAACCUGGUGUCAGAGAUCAUGUCUAUGGGUUAUGAGCGAGAGCAGGUGGUGUCUGCACUCAGAGCCAGUUACAACAACCCAGACCGAGCAGUGGAGUAUCUACUCAUGGGUAUUCCAGCAGAGGCCAGUGACCUGCUACCUCAGGAACCAGUCAGACACAGUGCUCCAUCCAACCCCCCUACCCCUGCUACACAACAACCACAGCAGCCCCCAGCAGCCUCCACCACAGAGCCAGUGUCUGCAAACCCGCCUCCGUCUGCAGGUGGAGGCUCUGUCUCCACAGGGAACCCUCUGGAGUUCCUGAGGAACCAGCCUCAGUUCCAGCAGAUGAGACAGAUCAUCCAGCAGAACCCGGCCCUCCUACCAGCCCUGCUGCAGCAGCUGGGCAGAGACAACCCACAGCUGCUGCAGCAAAUCACGCAGCACCAGGAACGCUUUGUCCAGAUGCUGAAUGAGCCACGUGGUGGAGACACUGGAGGGGAGGGAGCCGAGGCCCCAGGCUCACGACAAACCAACUACAUCCAGGUCACCCCACAGGAGAAGGAGGCCAUCGAGAGGUUAAAAGCACUGGGCUUCCCCGAAGGUUUAGUCAUCCAGGCUUACUUUGCCUGUGAGAAGAAUGAAAAUCUGGCCGCAAACUUCCUGCUACAGCAAACAUGGGAUGAUGAGUAAGCAAACAUCACCUGACACAUCACCGUUCAACAUGGGGUCGCAGAGAGGAUGACAGUGCCAUGCAAGGUCCACCAGGAAGGAUGAAGGAAAGCAGAGGAAGAGGACAUUUCACACCGUGUGACUGUGUGACGACAUGCCGUUCAAAGUUAGCUGUGCUGCCUUCUCUCCAUUCAGCUGUGAUGACCAUCAUAGGAGCUAACAAUGAGCUGUGCCUCACUGCUGCUACAUCAUUACUGCUGCCGCUUGUGCCGAGUAAUCACACUGCGAGAAGUAACGCCAGUAAAUUAUGCCAACAGUCUGCAUCACCUGCACAGGUUUCUCCUCUGAGUUCAACUCAGAGGCUGCAUAACACUACACACAAGAAGGUUUUCAGUGUACACAUACACCACAGAGAGUUCAGUAGUGUAUAUGUACACAACAAAACAAAUUGCCAACAUGUCCAUUUGCCAACCUUCCAUGAUGGAUUUACCUGGAAAUGUGAUGCAAACUGUUGACUUCACUGUUUGAGAGCUAGCAUUGCUUUAUAUUAAAGUUCAGUUCUGAUCAUUUAAAUUCUUCUACUUUUUUUAUCCUUUGAAAAAAAAAAAUCCUUAACUGAAGAUAUCAUUGAGUCCAAAUAGCACACAUUUCUUCUUCAGGUGAUGUUUUGACCUUUCAUUAACCAUGCAUAGGUGCUUCUGUGCUUCUUUCCAUGGAUAAUGAAAUCUACAAGAUUGCAAUUUGCUGCAGUAUGUGAAACUCAUUUUUCUUCACCAGGAUAGAAUUAGUUUUUCAAGGGGAAUGUGAAUAUAUGAAACUGCUGUGGAAGCCUGUCACAGCCAGAAAAAGAAGAAAAAGGUAAAAUAUUACAAAUGUCAAAAUUAUGAAACUUGGGUCAAAGUAAAAAGUGACUUUCAUGUCAAAAUUACAAGAAAGUUUUUUUAGGAAGUCUUCUUUUCUUUUUUUUCUUUUGGAGGAAAUUGGCUUCUAUAAACUAUAUAUUCAAAGUUUAGUAAAAUAUGGGAAGAGCUGCGACACUUUGACUCUCUUUGGAACAUGAAAAUAGCGUGCCAUCACAGUAUAUUAUCAAGAUUAUGGGUGCUGUGGUAUUGUGUUUGUGGGAGAGGUGGACACACCCAGUUGCAGCUCUCAGCUUGAAUUAUUAUUAUGAUCUUUCACUGUUGGGAGGUUUGUUGUGUUAUUUUUCAGAUGAAGCAGUUUGAAGGUUGAUUAUGAAGUAAACUGGCUUUGUGAGCUAAAGAUCUGACUUUUUGUUUAAAAGAAAUGUGUUCCUUCCUGACAUUUGCUGAGCUGGAAUAAUCAAACAUAGUCCACUUCCUACUUUCAGACAAUCUAUUUAUGUUCAGAGCAUCUCGCAUCACAUCUCCUAUGCAUCUGAAAGCUGAAAGUGAUUGAGCCACUGCUCCUUCAUGCCUUAUGGGUUGUUAAAGACUUGAACACAUUUCAUGUUACAAAUGGUGUUGUAAUUUACAGUAUAGUGUUUUGAUAUGUCACACUUGAGUGUCCAAUAGUUGGUGAUCAUCAUUAGAGUUUUAAUUAUUUGUUAUUAAUCAGCUAUUAUUUUAAAGUGGACUAAAGGGAAUUUGAAGCGCUACAAGCCAAAAAAAAAAUAAAAAAAUAA